AUGCCACCGCAACAUCCCUCCCUCCGCGUGGGGCUCCUGUGUAGCAUCCUAACGGCCCUCUAUGCUUCCAAUGCGAUAGCCACACAGGAUUAUUCGGACGAUUUCGACGUUCUGAAAUACGUUGAUCCUUUGAUUGGCACCGCGAAUGGAGGCCAUGUAUUUGCGGGCGCGACUUUGCCAUUUGGCAUGGCCAAAGCCGUGGCGGACACAACGGGGGAGAAUCAGGCUGGCUUCGCUUAUGAUACGAAGGUCGUGACCGGUUUCUCACACAUGCAUGAUUCUGGGACUGGCGGCGCCCCAUCAAUGGGAAAUUUUCCAAUCUUCGCGCAAGGAAAUUGCCCGCAUGACGAUAUCAACCAGUGCAAAUGGCAACAAUCGGACAGAGAAGCUGUGUGGGACAGAGAGUCCCCCGAAGCUCGCCCAGGAUAUUUCAGCAUUUCAUUGGCGAAUGGCGUCCACGCGGAAAUGACAACCACAAAUCGAUCUGCUUUAUAUCGGUUCACCUUCAAUGAAACUUCCAGUCAGCCACUCAGUCCAGUGGUCCUUCUAGAUUUGAUGGAUUUACCUCGGUCUCGAAGAAGUGGAAGUGCCGACGUGGACCGAUCGACUGGCCGUCUCACGGGAAGUGGCACUUUCAGCCCAAGCUUUGGUAUUGGCAGUUACAAGUCAUAUGCCUGCGUUGAUUUCAAAGGAGCAGAGCUUCGUGACACCGGCAUCUGGGAGAGGAACCAGCCAGACAUCAGCAGGCGGACGCUGAACCUCGGGUCUGACGCAUCAUCCUUUCUCUCGGCCGGUGCAUUUGCCAGAUUCCACGCCCCUAAGGACAACAAUAUUCUUGCUCGAGUUGGCGUUAGCUUCAUAAGUGUUCAUCAGGCUUGCUCGAACGCGGAGCGAGAACAACCCGACUUUGAUUUCGAGGGCACCGUUUCCGCUGCUGAAUCAGCUUGGCGAAAGAAGCUGGAUGUUAUCUCUGUGGAUGCGGACGGAGUUUCGUCGGAUCUACAAACGGUCUUCUGGAGCGGAGCAUACCGAACAUUCAUCAGCCCCCAAGACUAUACCGGUGAAAACCCUCUCUGGAAAAGUGACGAGCCGUACUAUGACAGCUACUAUUGUAUAUGGGACUCUUUCCGGAGCAUUCACCCACUGCUGACCCUGGUUGACCCUUUCUCACAAUCCCUCAUGAUGCGCAGCUUGGUGGACACCUAUAGACACGAAGGGUACUUGCCUGACUGUCGCAUGUCACUCUGCAAGGGAUUCACACAAGGCGGUUCCAAUGCAGAUGUGGUUAUGGCAGAUGCGUAUCUGAAAAAGGUUCCAGGUAUUGACUGGGACACCGCAUAUGAAGCUGUUGUCAAGGAUGCAGAGGUAGAGCCCAAAAACUGGGAUGUGGAAGGUCGCGGUGGCUUGCGGAGUUGGAAAAACCUCGGCUAUAUUCCUCUUGAUGACUCUGAUCCCGAUGGCCAAGGUACACACACUCGGAGUAUAUCGCGGACGGUGGAAUAUGCCUACAAUGACUUUUGCAUCGCCGAGAUGGCACAGGGCAUGGGCCACCAGGCCGACUAUGAGAAAUACACGAAACGGUCUGGAAACUGGGUCCACAUGUUCAAUCCUGACCAGAAGUCAAGCAUCAAGGGGGUCGACACCAACUUCACCGGAUUCCUACAACCUCGAUACACGAACGGCACAUGGGGCUACCAGGACCCGAUCUUAUGUAGUCCUCUAUUGGACUUCACCGGUUGUUAUCUCAAUCCUGAUGGCCACGAGACCUAUGAAGGUACUAUGCCCCCCCAUGACAUGGGCGCUCUUAUCAAGACGCUUGGCGGUGCCGAAUCCUUCACCUCUCGGCUCAGCUAUCUCCAUGACUCUGGUUUGCUCUACAUGGGAGAUGAACAGGCCUUCUUGCCCGUUUAUCAAUUCCACUACUCGGGACGACCAGGUCUCUCCGCAAAGCAGAGCCACUUCUACAUUCCAUCCCAGUUCAACACGACAGUGAAUGGUAUCGCCGGUAACGACGAUAGUGGAGCCAUGGGCUCAUUUGUUGUUCUGAACAUGAUGGGUCUGUGGCCAGUGCCCGGUCAAGAUGUUUACCUGGUCACUCCACCAUACUUCAAAGAAGUCAGCAUUCGAAAUGCCCUCACUGGAAAGGUCGCCACUAUCCGCAACAUUAAUUUCGACCCUAGUUAUGAGUCCAUCUAUAUCCAGAGCGCCAAGUGGAACGACAAACCUUGGACAAAGAAUUGGAUCACCCAUGACUUUUUCGUUGACGGCGGCGUUCUUGAGCUUGUGCUGGGACCUAAGGAGAGUGAAUGGGGAACUCAUAUUCAGGAUCUCCCGCCGAGUUUGAGUGAUUAUCGCUGA